AUGGCUGCACAACAACAAGAACUAGAUGAGAAGAACCCAUUCUAUGAGUUAGUAGUCAUUUGUAGUACUUCUGGUCAAUUUGACCAAACCGUCAAUUCGUUCAAAGAUAUUAUAAAAAAGUCUAAGUUAGUAUGUAUAAAAGAUACUGAGUUGUUAGAUUGGAUAAAGAAGUACCAAAGAAGAGUUUUGAAGUACAAUGCUAUAAAUGAGUAUAUAAACUCGAAGUUUAAAGACCCAAAUGAGGAAAUGCAGAGAAUAUUAGAGAAGAAACACUUCAGAAACAAACAGAAAGAGAUAGAAUACAUUUCGAAGAAAUUGCAAUCGUACGAUUGGAAGACUUACCCUCACAGAUGUCUUCUUAUCUUAGAUGACUUUGCUUCUCAUCCUUUGUUAAAGAACAGAGAACAAGAUAUGUGUCGAAUUCUUAAAAAGCUCAGACACUUUAACAUCUCAGUUGUCAUUUGUGUACAGACAGCCAAGAGUUUAAGUAAGGAUGUUAAAAGAAUACUUACUGAUAUCAUACUUUUCCCUGGAUUGUCCGAAGACGAUUUCAUGGAACUUAUGAAAGAGUCCAUGGCAGGUAAGUUUGACAGACAUGAACUAUGGGAGAAGUACAAAGUCAUACAAGACCCUCAUACUUCUUUCAGAAUUCACAUCUACGCAAACAAAGUUCAAAUUGUAAAAAGUCAAGCUUGA